UGUAAACAGUGUUUUGGUGAAUUAAAUAUAAAUUGAUGUCUGUUGAAAGUAACUCACAGCUUUAGAAUUAGUUAUAUGAAAUUGUUGUGGAAGUAAAAUCAAUCUGUGUUUAACCAAAGAAGUGCAGUGUGAAUGAUAACUAACUAACCUACAUUUUCCGUGUUUUAAAAUUUUUUAUGCGCGUGAACCUAUGUGAUCUCAUUUGAUAACAUUUACAAUGUCGUAUAUUGAACCUGUCGAUCAACAAAACUCAGAAAUAUUCGGUAUUGUUAAUCAGGAUGAAUUUACCAUAGAGUUACAAAACUAUUACAGCGGGCAUAAUGAAAAUAGUAAAAAAUUACAAUGGACAAAUCAAAGAAUACAAAGUGUGAUAAAAUUGGUAGACGAGUACAACACAAUAAAAUCUCAAGGUAGGCGACCAACAAACAAGCAUUACCAUCAUGCAAGGAAAUACGAUGUAAUGAAUAUUGAUAACCAGAAAGUUCUAAUAAUGAAGAGAAAGGAUAUUUCAGAUCCUGUUGUACAAAUAAUUCCAACGGAAGAGUAUUAUCAAAAGAUACUCGAAGCACAUAUUGCCACUGGACAUGGACGUCGAGACAAAAUUGUUCACGCCUUGAAAGAUAAAUAUGUGGUGCCAAUAUUUGCGGUUUCAAUAUUCCUAAAUUUGUGCAAAACAUGUCUAUCAAAGAAAAGCAUUCCAAAAAAAGGCACUGUCGUAAAACCGUUGAUUUCUGACGACUUCAAUCGAAGGGGACAAAUGGAUCUUGUAGACUUCCAAACAUCUCCAGAUGAAGAGUAUAAAUGGUUAUUACAAUAUCAGGAUCAUUUAACAAAAUUCUGUUUUUUGCGACCAUUGAAAAGCAAACAGGCUAAAGAAGUGGCAAUCGAAAUUCUUAAGAUUUUUUUGGAAGUUGGGUGUCCUCAUAUCCUCCAAAGUGAUAGUGGACGCGAGUUCACAGCAUCUGUACUGAAAGAAAUAGUCAGUUUGUGGCCUACUUGUAAAAUAGUUAAUGGAAGACCGAGAUCUCCGCAAAGCGAAGAAAGUAUAGAACGUUCAAAUCAAGACGUAAAAAAUAUGAUUCAAGCCUGGAUGACAUAUAAUAAAUCUACUAAUUGGUCCAUUGGAUGCUAUUUCGUUCAGUUCCAGAAAAAUUCAUCUUACCAUUCAACAAUUGCUCGAACACCAUAUAAAGCCUUGUUUGGCGAGGAUCCAAAACUUGGACUCUCAUCCACAUACUUAUCUAAAAAUAUAAUAUCCAAAUUAGAAAAUGAAGAAGAUUUGCAAAAAAUUUUAAAGGAAAUUAAUAGCAACAAAGAACAAAAUUCCGAAAAAGAUCAAGAAGAGGAAGAACAGGAAAUUGUAAAUACAAUAAAUAUUCCAAAAAUUGAGAACAUUAAACAAGAAGAAACAACAACAGAGGGUCAUGAAGUAUUUUUGUUUGAACAAAUACUACUCCCUGCUUUACAUGAGAAUUUACCUGUAGUUACGGAGGCUAUUAUUCAUAAACCACAUAAUAAGCAGGAAAAAAUAUCUUUAGAUAGUACGAAUAGCAUAAAUGUAGAAAAACAAGAGAAACUGGAUGAAAAUAUUGACGAUGAAAAUAUUGACGAAGAAAACAUCACUCAAGAAAAUAAUUAUUUGAUGUGUAACAUAUGCAACGAAGAAGCAUCUGGAGCUCAUACAUGUACCGAAUGCAAGAAAAUAGUUCACGCCAUAUGUGGAGUGGUAUCUGAGGGAAAUGAGGGCUAUGGAUCGCAAUUGCUUUGCAAAUUGUGUGCGAAUGGACGUAAAAUCAAACAAGAAAGAACACAAUCGCACGUAAAUUUAAAAAGAGCGGCAGAUAAAAUGAUAUCCACAUCGUCUAAGAAAUUUAAAGAUAUCAGUACUGGUUCCACUGUUUUAGUUGAAGUCCCAAAAGUUGACAGGGGACCUUUGGACAGUAAAUACCUGAUUGGAAAAGUUUUAAUGAAAAAGAACGAAUUAUAUCAAGUUGGCACUGCCUUUGGCAUAAUUAAAGAUUGGAUGCCUCGAAAUGCUGUUCGUUCCUGUCCAAAUGCAGAACUACUAAGUGUCAUUCCAGCGAUUACAUUACCGUUGAGAACGGUUGCAUCAAUGUCUUCAACAUUUGGCGAGCAAGGAAUGAAACAAUGUAAUUGACAAAAAUAUAAAAAUGGACAAUGCGUUUCGAAGAAGUGUAAUUGCAAAAAAGCCAAUGUUUUUUGUAACUUCAGGUGCCACAGUUCGUUGACGUGCAACAAUAAGUGAA